AGACUUUUAAACGGUUAAUUUUCAUAAAAAUUAUGACUAAAAUUAUUAAAAAAAAGUUCAGAUAAAAUAUUUUUUUAUUUUUUUUAUGACUUUUAAGAAAAAAUAAGCACAUAAAAACACAUAUUUAUACAUAAAUCUAUUGUUUUUUGAUAAUGAGAACUAGUAGUUUAUUAAAUCAAUAUUUUUAUAUUCAUCGCACUAAUAGGAACAUUUUUAUUGUUUUUAAACGGUUUUACAUAUUCUAUAGUAAUAGAGAUGUAAUUAUAGGUCGUAAGAACAAGGAAAUUAAAGCUUGUUUAACACAUAAAUUAAAAAAAAUUCAAAUAACAUGUUUCUUAAGAAAAUAUUCGAAGAAAAGUAACAAAAAAAAUGAAAACAAUGAAUCUUUAAACUAUGAAAGUACUAAAGAAUUACCAUCUAUGCAAGAAUCUACGGUUCCUACAAGUCAAAUAGAAAGAUUGUAUCACUUUGGAAGUCUAUUUGUUGGUCUAGGAAUUGGAGCAUUACAAGAAAGUUUUCAACGUCUUUCUAGCAAGAGAGAAAAUACUUCACUUAUUAUGAAUAAAUCUAAUAUUAAUCGACUGGUUGCUAAACUAUCUAAAAUGCGUGGUGCUGCUUUGAAGGUUGGCCAAAUAAUUAGUUUCCAAGAAAUGCUUCCUACAACAUUACAUGAAAUUUUAGUAAAAUUGCAGAAUCAUGCGAAUUGCAUGCCUAUGAAUCAAAUGGAAGAAAUUAUGACAAAAGAAUUUACUAAAGACUGGAGAAAUCUCUUCUCCAAAUUUAAUGAAACACCUAUAGCCGCUGCAUCUAUUGGUCAAGUACAUUCAGCAGUUUUAAAAUCAUCUUAUCUUCCAGUUGCUGUUAAAAUCCAAUAUCCUGGAAUUAAAGAAUCAAUAGACUCUGAUUUAAGCAAUUUAGAAAUUUUACUUAUUGCAUCAGGAUUUUUUCCAAAAGGUUUGUUUCUUGAUAAAAUUAUUGAUUUUGCUAGAAAAGAAUUAAUUUUGGAAUGUGAUUAUGAAAGAGAAGCAAACUGUAUGAAACAUUUUCAGGAACUUUUUAAAAAUGACGAAACAUUUCUCAUUCCAAAAGUAAUACCAGAAAUUACUAGUAAACAUGUGUUAACAAUGGAAUAUUUAUCAGGAAAAAGUUUAGCCAAAGUAAAUGAGGUUGACCAAAAAACAAGAAACUGGCUUGGAACGUCAUUGUUCAAAUUAUGUCUUCGAGAAAUUAUUGAAUUCAAAUAUAUGCAAACUGAUCCAAAUUGGAGUAACUUUUUAUUUGAUGAAAACUCUAGAAAAGAAUUCUUAAUUUAUAAUUAUUGGAAACAUUUUUAAUAUUAAAUAGAUUGGAUUGCUUGAUUUUGGCGCUUCUCGCUCGUUUAAUAUAGAGUUUAUCAAUAAUUACAUUUCAAUACUCAAAGCAGCCUCUGAACGUAAUAAGGACGCAUGUUAUAAUAUUUCUGUUAAAUUAGGAUAUCUUACAGGCGAAGAAUCCCAAGCGAUGUUAAAUGCGCAUAUUGAUUCUAUUUUAACGUUAGCAGAACCAUUUUGUUAUAAUGCUCCUGAUAUUUAUGACUUCUCAAAACAAACGAUUACAGAAAGAAUAAAAGCAACUAUUCCAUUAAUGAUUCAACAAAGAUUAAUACCACCUCCUCAAGAAACAUAUUCCUUACACAGGAAAUUAAGCGGCCAAUUCCUUCUUUGUAGGAAACUUGGCGCUCAGAUAGAAUGCAAAAAAAUAUUCAGAGAAAUGCUAAAAGAAAAUGGAUAUAUUUAAAACAGCUAGGCAUAUUAGAAUAUAUAUUAUAUAUUUAGAUACAAAGAUUUAUAUUAAAUUG